AGAAAUACCUGACUGAUAAAAACUGCCAACCCCUUUCUGAUACCACAUACACGUGUGUCCUGUUAUACCUCUGUGUAGCACUCGCACCUGUCCACUCAACCGAGGAACUGCUGCCAAAGUAAUUGUCAGAGGAUUUCACGGCACAAUGACAUCUCAGGUUGCGCGGACGGUCCUGCGUCUGGAGGCAUCUGAAGUUGGGGAGCUGAAGGACGGCAUAAAUUUUAAGAAAAAUCCAGAAGAUGGCAAAUGUUACAUCAUUUUCAAAGACAAAGAUAAAACACAAGCCUGCAAAAACCAAUGCAAGCACCAGGGAGGACUUUUCAUUAAAGACAUAGAGGAUUUAGAUGGCAGAACAGUGCGUUGUACUAAACACAACUGGAAACUUGAUGUGUCCACUAUGGCAUAUGUCAACCCACCCGACAGUUUUAUGCAGGAUGAACUUGAGGUGGUACUGUCAGAAACUGAUGGGAGUUUGGAGCUGGUUGAGUUGAAUCCACCCGACCCUUGGACUGUGGACCCUCGAGAGGCACAAGAGCUACAAACUGGAGAGCUCACGUUGACAUACAUAACACAUGCGUGUAUGGAACUCAAAGCAGGAGGCAAGAAGAUGAUGUUUGAUCCCUGGCUGACAGGACCGGCGUUUGCCAGAGGAUGGUGGCUCUUACACGAACCUCCAUCUGAUGCUAUGGAGAGACUCUGUCAGGCUGAUCUCAUUUACAUCAGUCACAUGCACUCCGACCAUCUGAGCUACCCCACUUUAAAAUUACUCUCAAAGAAGCGGCCUGAUAUUCCCAUUUAUGUUGGAGACACCUCACGCCCGGUGUUCUGGUACUUGGAGAGAAGUGAUGUGAAUUUAACAAACAUCAAUGUGGUGCCCUUCGGUGUAUGGCAGAAUGUUGAUGAGCAUCUGAGAUUUAUGAUUCUGAUGGACGGCGUUCAUCCUGAGAUGGAUACUUGCAUAAUAGUGGAGUAUAAAGGUCACAUGGUUCUGAAUACGGUCGACUGUACCAGGCCAAAUAAUGGGCGUCUCCCACACGGUGUCGAUGUGAUGAUGAGUGACUUCGCUGGAGGCGCUUCUGGCUUUCCAAUGACUUUCUAUGGUGGUAAAUACAGCGAAACCUGGAAGGCAGAGUUUAUCAAGAAUGAAAGAAAGAAACUGCUGAACUAUAAGACUCAGCUGGUGAAGGUUUUACAGCCCAAGAUUUACUGUCCUUUUGCUGGUUACUUCACAGAAGCUCAUCCCUCAGACAGGUACAUAAAGGAGACAAAUACGAAGAACAGCGCUGAAAACCUGAACGCUUCCAUAAGGAAGAGCUGCCCAAAUACUCUGACCUGGACUCCUUUACCCUCUUCUGUGCUGGAUGUUGCUCUCGCUCUUGCAGAUCCAUCUAACACGAAUGCAAUCACUCAACCCUCAAAUGGUACAAAGAUCUUUAAGGACAACUGGAACUUUGACUUGUAUUUGGAUGAGCUGAAUGCUGCCAUUUCCAAUGAUAUCUUUAAAUACAAAUCAUGGAUCCAGUAUUAUUAUAAUUGGGCGGGAUUUAAAGGCUACAAUCUGGUUAUACGGGUCAUUGAGACGGAUGAUGAAUUUGAGCCACUGGAUGGAGGUUACGAUUAUCUGGUGGACUGCAUGGAUCUUUCCUUUCCAGACAGAAGACCAGAGAGAGACCAUGCAUAUGAGGAGAUUAAAAACAGAGUGGGUGUGAUGAGACAUGUGGUUGUAAACGGACGACUCUGGGACGACCUGUACAUCGGCUUCAAUAACAGAAUGAGUCGAGAUCCUGAUGUUUAUCAUCACAAGUUUUGGAAUCAUUUCCAGACAGAAUUACCAUUAACAGCUCCAGACUGGGAUCAUUUCCUUCAAAGUGUUUCUGAACAAACAGAUGUUCAACAUUCAGAUCUGUCACAGGAGAAUGGUUCCUGUCUGCUCUCUUAAAGCAAAAAUAUGAAUACAGAAAUAAUUACAGCUUUUUUAACAGUCACCCAAACACUUAAGCCCUGUCCGAAAUAUAUUGUUUUCAUUAAUGGGUAAUAUAUAGGGUUAAAUAUGUUUAUGAUUUAUCAAAGUGAAUUAAUUAAUAAUAAUUAAAAAGAUAAAUUCAUGAAGUCAGUUCGGUUAAAUCAUAUAAAAACACAACAGCUGAAAUUACACAUUACACUUUCAAUUAUGCAUCUUGUCAUCUGUUAUACUUUGUUUCAUGGGUGAAAUAUGAUCAGCUUUAAAUUUUCUGAAUGUUUUAAUUAUGUGCUUCUAGGGAUGGGACGAUUACCGGUUUCAUGAUUAACCACAAAAAAAACAAUAUCCUGACGGUUAGUAGUAUGGUUUAAAAUUUAAUUUUAAUUACAACCGUGUUUGAUUAUCGUGAUUUUGAAAACUUGCGGUAAAUCCUGUACAGCCAGAAUCAGUUUGACGCAGGCGCGCGCAUGCAACAUAGUUUUUUGCACAAGAAGGCAUUUAAGGGAUAAUGUAUUGUAUUCAUUCACGGUAAACUUAUUAGACAAAUUUAUUUAUUUUUUUACCACAGAAAUAAUUUCAGGGACAUGAAAUAUUAAAUUGUGAUUUUGAAAACUUGUUCAAUAUUUUCAGUGUGUGUAUCAGUUUCUAUUUGAACAUUUCCAUAUCAUUAUAACAAAACCACGAUAAUAUUGAUAACCGUGAUAACUAUGGUCACUAUAAUUUGUCCAGUCAAUGAGAAUUAACCUGUAAAAAUUCACUUCUCCCUGAGAACUACUGUAUAUGUUUUGAACCAUGUGUUUGGUGUAUUAUUUACUCACUCUUUGGUAUUGUAUAUCAACUGUUUUGGGGCGAAAGUUUCAUUUUGCAAGAGUAAUCAGAGGUUUUGUAAAUAGUGCUUGAAGAUAAGGUUUUGUGUUUAAUGUUUUCAGAAAAUGGAGCAAGGUUUCAGAAAUUGUGUUUUAGCAAUUGAGAAAAACUGUAAUAUUUAGAUCAAGAUUCGCCAUUAGAGAGGGCACGGAAUCAUUAUGUGCUCUGACUGAGGUCAAAUAUGAUGCAAAAUGGGUUGGUAAUACUUUACAAUAAGGUUGUAUUUGUUAACCAUUAAUUAAUGCAUUAGGUUAAAUAAACUAACAAUGAUCAAUAAUUCUUCAGCUUUUAUUCAUAUUAGUUCAAGCUAAUUUCAGCAUUUAGCAUGUAUAAUAAAUGCAAAGAACCUUUACCUGACUAGACUGGACCUCCUCUGCCCCCAGCAGUCCUACUGGUUUUAAGCCAGCUACCUGAACGUUCCUGAGCUCUCUCCUUUUCACAUACAAAAUUUAAUGCAAACAGAAAUUUUAACUCAGUAAAUCUUUUCAUUGAAUACAAAAAAUAACAUUAGAAGUUUUUAUGUGUAAAUUCAAAUUUGUGAUUUGCUGAAGUGCGAAUGAUGGUAUUAAAACAUUGAUCAAUAAUGGCUGAAGGGUGAGACUGUACAUUUUGAAUGCUUAUAUCUUUUAAAGAUCACUUUUACCUUUUCAAUUUCACUUGUGGACCACUUCCGCUCUGCCUGUGAAACCACCAGCGUUUGCCCCGUUGUGCAUGUUUUCUAGUGAACAUGAACUAGACAGAGGAGUCACCAGCCCUGUUCCUAGAAAUCAUGCUCCAACCCUUGUUACACACGCUUACACCUGCCAAUUUUCAUGACACAAUUAGAGUCAGGUGUGUUGAAGCAGGGUUAAUUAUGCAGUAGGGUGGGUCUCGGGGAACAGGGUUGAUGACUAGUCUGGUCGAGUUCAUUUCAGUUCAUCUAAGUCAUGAUUAUUUUGUAUAAAGUAUGUGUGGUCAACAGGAUCUAAACAGUUGUGAGUCUGUCCAGUCAGACAUGCAAAAAAAUCAGAUUUGGAUUGACAGCAUGAACAAGUUCUUAGUCUUGAUAGAGAGGCUGCAAAUAGCACACAUUUAAGCAAAUAGCUUAAUGUGUUGUCGGUUUCAAAGAAGCGAAAAAAUCUUCAUCCGACGAGCCCACUCGCGAGUCUCUAGCCCUUUCUCGGGCCGAGAUAUGGUCAACCCUUCCCGGAUUUUUCCUUGGCCUUAGCUCAGGCACCUUAAGUCCAGGGCGUUCGCCCUUCGGGUCCCUUAUCCUACCCGAGAGGGCCUUUCCAACAAGCCACCCACGAGUCUCUAGCCCAGGGGUGUCAAACUCAAUUUCAUCCCGGGCCACAUUACGGUUAAUCUCAAAGGGCCGGUUGUAUUUGAACGACUGUAUGAAUGUAUCAACUCUUUUAUUACUGUACAUUGCAUAAUUUAUCUGCAUUUGCUUACUAUUGGUUUUGUUAAUAACUCAAUUAAUACCUAGCUUUGAAAGUAGAAGCCCAGG